GGCUGGGCUGCCUGGGUGUGACAAGCACAGGCUCCAGGCCCCUGCCCCGCCUCCAGUCCGGAGCCAUGGAGCCCGGAUCGGGGACAGUGGUGGCCGGCGUGAAGCGAAAGCACCCAGACGACCAUGGAGAUCCACAAGAAGUGAAGGCUGAGAAGGAGUCCCAGGAGCAGGCCCCCUCCUCCAGGUCCAACCUAGGCCAGACCCUAUUUCGACUUUCAAUGGACAAAUUCCAGCUCGGCCCACAGAGUCUCCUGAGGCAAGUGCUUAUCACAAACACCCUGAACUACAUUAAAGAAAAGAUGAACCUGGAGAGGACCCCAGCCCCACCUCAGGAACCCGGAUUGGAGCUGCUUUUACCUGUGACUGCCCAGUCAGCCAACAACUUCCUCAGAGAGCUGGAAGUGAUCCUGGGCUUAAGAGCCACACAAGACUGCUGUGAGCCCCCAGAUCUGAGUUGGAGCCCUGCCUCUGCCCCUGAUGUGUCGAGUGACUGCAGGCAAACACCUCCCCCUCUUGGGGCUUCCGUUUUACCAUCUGUCAGAGUUGAGGAGCCUACCCUGGGCAGUUUUGAGAGCAUGAGCGACAGGUACCUUGGAGACCUGGUUCCUGAUGACUUCUUCCCUGACAUUGACACCUCGGAUGUGGAAAGAGAUCCUUGGCCUUCACCUUCUGCCCUUGCAGCCUAUGGGGCAGCCUGCUCCCUAGGGCAGCCUAGGGCUGAAUGGCACUGGACUGAACUGGACCAAAUCUUGGAAAUCAUCAAGGGAUCAUAAGACUGGGGGGGGGGGGGGGGGGCAGGACCUCAAAUCCCCUAGCUAGGACCCUGAACCCUUCCCUUCAGAUACUUGCUUACCUCUGGAGAGUUUCAAGAAAGUAGUCUCCAAAGAUUUCAUAUCUCAGGAAGUUGGGGUGAAGCUUCCUAGGGCCAUGGGAAAGCCUCAUCUCUGCCUUGGUCUCAGUGCCUGCUGAUGGCAGAACCACAGAAUGUAUCUCUCUUUCCUGAUGGCUUGAUGGGAUUCUGCUCCCUCUGCCUUCAUCCUCCCACAGCCGGAACUCUUGUCACCAAACCCCUUCUCCUCCCCACCCUAUUAUCCUGACUAGCCUCAGGUGUGCUGGGGUCCCAGCACUCUGGGGCUGCUGUUCCCAUUCCAGUUAGCCCUUUGUGUCUCCUAUGAGCCUGGUCCCCAGGUGCUCCCUGGUUUUUCCCCUGAUAUGGCUUCAGAUCGGAGGAAGAAGCUGGCCUCAGGGUUGAGUAAUUGCCUGGGGGAGGAAGGGGGCAGGGCAGGGCUGAAGGCCAGGAGGCCUGGGCUCUGGGGAGACAAAGUCCAGAUUGCCAGGAGGAGGGGUUCCAGACCAACCUCCCCCCCCCAACUCUCAAGGUUGACAGGUAUGGAAACAGUACGAAGUCAACAUCUGCUUCCCCCUCCCCACCUCAGUGCCUGGCCAUAAUUGUGAACCCCCCUCCUUUGUCCUUGUUCACCCCCUUCCCCACCCAAAUGUGGCCUUGAUGAAGUGCAAUAAGGAUAAAGGAAUCUAUCCAUCAUCAUGCUUUUUUUUUCUAUUUUAAAAAGGCCUAUUUCACCCAGUUUUUUGUGAAUAAAACUUUCAAAUUCCA